AUGAUUGACAGCAACUUCAGGAAGAAGGAGGACGAGAAAGUAGAAAAGGACCAGGGACUAAAGGAACAAGUGGAGCAGAUGCAGAAGCUAUUUUUGAUCUGUGUGUGUUCUAGGUCACGACUCGCUGACUUCUUUGUCAACUGCCAGCCGGAGCCCCGCUCGCUGUCAGGCUGCCUGAAGGAGAACUAUGCAGACUGCCUCCUCGCGUACUCGGGUCUGAUUGGUACUGUCAUGACUCCCAACUACCUGCGCUCACCCAAAAUCAGUGUCUCUCCCUACUGCGACUGCAGCAACAGCGGCAACAAUAAGGACGAGUGUGACAAAUUCACUGAGUUCUUCACAGAGAACACCUGCCUACGUAACGCCAUCCAGGCCUUCGGGAAUGGAACUGAUGUCGGGGUGUGGCAGCCCAUGUCCCCCGUCCAGACCACCACCUCCAUCACCACCCCCUACCAAAGAAACCGUGAACGCAACCCCAACACCAUUGACAACCACAUUAACACAGACCCUGCAAUCUAUCACUUCUGCGGCAGCCUACAGGCUCAGAAAUCGCAGUCGAACUCGAGCGCCGAUGGCGUCAUCUGUGUGGACCCUCAGAUAGAUGGUCCAAGUACCUCCAACGCCAUCCCGAGAAACUCUGCUGCCUCCAGACGGCCCGAGGGCCCGGCCUCUCUGCUGCCCCCGCUGUUCUGGCUGUGGUACUGCAGCCUGCCGGCGCUUUCCUGGCAAGGCAAUUUGUAGCUGCGUCACUUCCCAGCAACAAACAGACUGACAAACACAUUUGUAUAAAAGAAGACAAACAAGGAAUUAUAUCCUUUCUUUUCAGUUAGACCUGUUGUACUUUUUCUCUUGGAUUCUGUCUUUUAAUUCCUGCUUUGAUUUGUUUUGGGUUUUUUUAAUGAAUUUUUGAAAAGCUUUGUUGUUUCUUUCUCUUUUUUUUUAGCAUUGCUGCUGUGUGCUAAAACAGUGAUCUGCUAUACAUGUUAAUUCAAGUUUUGACUGUGUGCUCACGUUGGGUUAGUCGGAGAUGUUCGUACCCCGCUCACUUGGGCAGAGAUGAGAAAAUACUGGAAGACUACAUUCCAAUAAACCACAGCGUGUGACUCUUGGAACACAAUGUAAACGAACAUCAAUUUUCAGAGUUGUCUGAUCAGUUUUCACCCAUGUCUGUUUGUGUGUUGAGGCUAUAGGUGGGAUCUUUCGCUUAAAAGUCACAGUGAGUUCAGUAAUGGCUACAUAUUAUCACUUGGGCAGCCUUUUAGGUGUUACUCCAUCUCCUCUGUGGUUUGUGUCUGUUUUGAUAAUGGCGUGAUCUGGUAUUUUACAUUUUUAUGAGCUGAAUUAAAUGUCACUUGACGAAAAAAAAAUAAUUUUCUUUUUUUAGGACAAAAUACGUUAAUUUAAAACGUCAGAGAAGUUUAGCGCCCAAACUGUUUUUAUUGUAGCUCAUACUGAACACAGAUUGCCGCUGGCAGAAGCACACAGGCAAAGUCCCACAAACACUUGAUGCACAUUUUCACACAGUCAGACAGAAACACACGGCAACAGCAACACACUCGGUCCGAGGCUUUCGGCUCCCUUUCUUCACUUUAUAAAACGGCGUGUUGCUCAGCGAUCACAGGUCGGGACGCUGCUGUGGACGGCUGAAUCCACUCCACUCGUUAGUGAUUGUACAUACUUGCAAUUGUCCGAACCAUGUUUAACGUUUCUUUUGGAGAAGGUAAGAGAGAAGCUGCUAAAGUUUUACCUGAAUUUUCCUUUUUUGCUUAGAUGAACGCCACUGCAUCGAGCCCACAAAAACCAGAGCUGACAAAAAAGCAGGCUUGCUGCUGCAGAGUGUAAUCAGCACUAUCGUGCAUCCAUCGGUACAUCGUCUUCUGUCACUUCUGUGUUACAACUUAUUGCCUCAAUUGUAAAACUGUCAAAGCAUGUUCAGAGAGGAAAUGUUAAAUUUAAGCUGACCAUUUGCUAAACCCCAUAAGCCGUAGUCACUGUUCCUAAUUAAUUCCAGUAUGGCGAGUUUCAAAUGACAUAAAAGAGGCAGAAUCAGGCAAAGAUCUGUCACAGAUACUUUAUAAUCUCUAACUAACAAGCUUAUUUACAUAAUUAACAUUUACUGGUUAGACAACGAGAACCUCAAAUGAGGGUUUUUGUUGUACACUUGCAGGCUACACGCCAACUCUGCUUCCUAAUAUAAGCUGUGCUGUUUGCCUGAAAUAUGCUAGAUGUUUGCUAGCCUUCACCUCGGCUAAUUCAGGUCACUGAACUUGACCCCUCGGCCAUAUUCGUGGUGUUGUUACCUUUUGGAGCAUUUCUAGUGUGAUCACUUCCUGUGUGGUUAAUUUGGCCAAUAGUCUGUCCACUAACUCUGUGCUCCAGUUUUAAGGGGAAGUUCUCAUCUUUUAAUUGUAUAUUACUUGAAUAUUAUCAACAGGUAUGUGUCUGUGCAGUGUAACAGUUCAGUCUGUGGGUGCACCUUCCUAAGAAAACUUGCUAGUGCUAGCUAACAGCUUAGCACUUGACUCUGUGGUCCUAAUCUGUCACUUCUAGUUCCAAAAACAAACAAAUAAAUAACAAAGUAUCCAAAGUUCAGUACAAGCUGCUUUAAAACAAGACGCACACACAAUAGAGAGCCUAUUGUGUUUCCAGGGAAACCGUGAGCAUGCAUUUAGCAGACGUGCAAAUACAAAUUAUUUUGUUCUAAUAUGUCAUCAUUAGCAACUUGGAAAACUAGAAACAGUUUUGAGAAUGAGAGCUAACUUUGGUAAAUGUUCCGUGGAUGAUGCUCCGGAGGGCAAAGAGUCCUGAUCUGACAGUGUUAGUUGUUAAUAACCUGAUAAUUUUCUAAUUUGAAUUAUAAAAAAUAUCAACUUAAGAGUUGAUUUAGGUAUUUAAAAUGGAACGUUAGCGUCAGGAGAUGAUACCACCCUUCCUACUUUUCAAAUAUUGUUAAAUUGCUCUUCGUGACCACUUUGUCAUGUUGAACAGACUUCAAAGCUUGACACCUUAAGCACAGGCAGGAGUUUAGCAAAUGGUUACUUUUGUCUUCUGAUCUAUAUGGAAAUCAUUAGUGGUUUUGUGCGUCUACUUUGGACGACUACUGGAAAAAUUUAAAAAAGGAAACACACAUUUUUCCAGCUUUUCCAUUGGAGGCAAAUAAAAUCUUAGCUUUUAAUUUUGACACAUUUCUCUGUGAUCGGGAUACUUGUACACAUCUCUGUGGCAUGUUCAGCACUAGCCACUGACGAGAUGCUCAUCACUCGCUGCUUAGGUUUAUGUCGCUUCUCAAAACACAACUAAUGUAUAGUAGAACUUUAAUGUUAUUUACCGAGCAUAAACAUGGUAUAUUCACUGUAUGUGCUUGGCUGAAACUAUGAAUUGGACAAAUAAAUGUCUGAUAAUAUUCUAUUUCAGAGCAUUGUGAGCUAUUUUGACAUUCAGAUACAACAUAGAGUACAUUGAAUAAGCCAGAAUAUUGUUUUUUAUAACAACUUAAAUGUAUAUUUCUCUCAGUAUGUACAUGAUUAUGGAAUAUUAUUGCAUCUGAGGCAGAGGAUAUCAUUAUAACUCUCUUACUGUACCUUUAAAAACAGCUGUAUUUCCUAAGCAUACUGUUUUGUACCAUAGCCCCAUUUAUGAUGUGUUGACAGGUUUUUCGUUGUUUGUUUGUUGUUUGGAUAAAAAUGACACUUAUUUUUCUAUCUUUUACUAAUUUGUGCUCUUUCGAUGAGUUGAAGUUAAUGAGAUGGACCUGCUAAAGAUUUAAAUGGUUCUUUUUUUAUGCUGAAGUUAAGGAAGACAAAAAACUCAUUGCAUGGUGUUAGAAGUCAAUAUUUAAGGACAGAUAUAUUCCGGACCAUGCUUUGGAAGGAUCUUUUUAUGGUGUGUUUGAAGAUGGUUGGGGACGUGGGAUGAUUCCCACGAACUGAAUGUCUGCAGUUUGGAUGGGAAGUUGAAGAGAAAUCUUAUUAGUUGAUGUUUUACAAAAAGCCCUGCCUAGGACUGAUUGGAUUUCUAAGAACUGCGUCUUAGAGUAUGUGUGAUCAUUUUAUAUUUGAAUCCCAGAGCCGUGUCUUCGUGGUCUUUGGAAUAUGAGAGUGACUCAGUGCUUUCUGAUCACAGAAGGCCUCAAAACUGGGGACACUUCCUCACAAUGAAAGGAUCCCCACUUUUGGACCAAACAAACAGUAGAGAUGGUAAAUAUAUUUGCCGUCCGUCACAGUCCCAUUUGUUCUUUUGAAAUACCAGAAAUACCAGCUUUUGUUUGUUUGAUUUUGAGUUUGCAGACUCCCUUAGCUAUGUGGCAUCAUCAACUUCUUAGCUUGUGAAAAUGUAAAAUCUGUUGUACAAAAAGUUAUAAUUAAAAACUGUUAAAUCAC